CACAGCUGAGCAUCCUGUUCCUGACUACUGCAAUUGUUCCCUUGCGAAUCAACGAUUCAUCCCUCCUAUAGUCACUGACUUACCCGAGAGCUCCAUCUCAUCACAAGCCAUCAUGUCCGCUGAAGUGCAAGAACCCCUCAGCAAGGUCGACUCUGCCAUUGAUGAUGCUCCAGGAUCGCCCAGCGACUCCAAGGUGAAGCACCGGAGAACGAGUAGCACCGUGAGCGGCGUCUUCAACAUCCUUGAUCUUGAGAAGGAAGGCGUGGAGCUUAAGAUUGCUCCAGAGACACAGAAGCUUAACUGGAAGCUCAAUACGUCUCCAAGCACAAUCGAUGACCCAUCAGUUCUGAAGAAGCUAUUGGUGAACCCUCCCGUCAAGAAGAUCGACCUCCACUUCCCGCUAGGCCUUGAGGUCACCGCACGGAACCUCAAAGGAGUGACAAUCAAGGAUGCAUUAGAUGCAAUCCACAAGCAAUACAAGAAGAAGGCGGACGAUGAGCUCGAUAACCCUUACCUCGCUGGAUUCGAGUGGGACAAAGAGGAGUGCUACACACGCUUCAUCGUGCACCAGAAGAAGACCGGAGAGGCACCAGCUGGCGGCAGCGGCAAGAAGAAGAACAAGAAGGCCGCCGAAGAAGAGUAAUAAGCCGAUUCCUGACGCCGAUUGUACCGCUGUCACUCGCUUCAGCGUGCGUCUGCAAGAAGCUGGUAGUCAUCUGAGAUGGCUCAGCAAAUGAUUAAUUCUAGGAAGCUGUGACAUUAGCGGGUGCUCUGAGAUAGAAUUACUCCAAGUCAGGUACCCAGUGUCA